AUGGAUACCUCUCCCUCCAAAAAACAUCCAGUUAAAAAACGGGUGAAAAUACAUCCCAACACUGUGAUGGUGAAAUAUACUUCUCAUUAUCCCCAGCCUGGGGAUGAUGGAUAUGAAGAAAUCAAUGAAGACUAUGGAAAUUUUAUGGAAGAAAAUCCAAAGAAAGGCCUACUGAGUGAAAUGAAAAGAAAAGGAAGAACUUUCUUUGGAACCAUGGAUACUCGACCUCCACCAACGGAAGACCCAAUGACGGAUGAUAUUGGACAAUUCCAGAGCUUUGCAGAAAAAAACAUUUUUCAAUCCAGAAAAAUGUGGAUAGUGCUGUUUGGAUCUGCUUUGGCUCAUGGAUGUGUAGCUCUUAUCACUAGGCUUGUUUCUGACCGUUCUAAAGUUCCAUCUCUAGAACUGAUUUUUAUCCGUUCUGUCUUGCAGGUCUUGUCUGUGUUAGUUGUGUGUUACUACCAGGAGGCACCCUUUGGACCCAGUGGAUACAGAUUACGACUCUUCUUUUAUGGUGUAUGCAACGUCAUUUCUAUCACCUGUGCUUAUACAUCAUUUUCAAUAGUUCCUCCCAGCAAUGGGACCACUAUGUGGAGAGCCACAACCACAGUCUUCAGUGCCAUUCUGGCUUUUUUACUUGUGGAUGAGAAAAUGGCUUAUGUUGACAUGGCUACUGUUGUUUGCAGCAUCUUAGGUGUUUGUCUUGUCAUGAUCCCCAACAUUGUUGAUGAAGACAAUUCUUUGUUAAAUGCCUGGAAAGAAGCCUUUGGGUAUACUAUGACUGUGAUGGCUGGACUGACCACUGCUCUUUCCAUGAUAGUAUACAGAUCCAUUAAAGAGAAGAUUAGCAUGUGGACUGCACUAUUUACCUUUGGUUGGACUGGGACAAUCUGGGGAAUAUCUACUAUGUUUGUUCUUCAAGAACCCAUCAUCCCACUAGAUGGAGAAACCUGGAGCUACCUCAUUGCCAUAUGUGUCUGUUCUACUGCAGCAUUCUUAGGAGUUUAUUAUGCCUUGGACAAAUUCCAUCCAGCUUUGGUCAGCACAGUGCAACACCUGGAGAUUGUAGUAGCUAUGGUCUUGCAGCUUCUAGUGUUACACAUAUUUCCUAGUGUCUAUGAUGUUUUUGGAGGGGUAAUCAUUAUGAUUAGUGUUUUUGUCCUUGCUGGUUAUAAACUUUAUUGGAGGAAUUUAAGAAGGCAGGAUUAUCAGGAAAUCCUAGACUCUCCCAUCAAGUGA